GAGGCAACUUGCAGCUAGCUUGGCCUGGGAGGAUCACACACACCCCUCCUUUGGCAACAGUGUCGGAACAGCAGGACUGAAGGUAGCUGUGAAGUUGCUCUUGCUUUCUCUCUCCCUCCCCUCUCUCCGUUCAGCAAGUUGAAAACAGACGCCAGCCGUUGCUCUUCACCAAGGGGAAGAAGAGCCGUGUGUGUGACCGAGCCUUGCCAAUUCAUUCAUUUCAUUUCACUUGGUCCGGACUCCCACUGGAGUGAGAUUUCGUCGGUAGUCGCUGUGCCCUGGGGUUGUCGUCAUGCAUUCGCUGUUCAAGAAAAGGAACAAAGGGAAAUACAGCCCGACAGUCCAGAAAAAGAGCAUUUCCAGCAAGGAGUUGUCAGAGUUGAUCGAGAAGCUACAGAAAAAUGCCGACCAGGUGGAAAAGAAUAUUGUGGAGGCCGACACGAAAAUGCAAAGUGACUUGCACAAGCUUAAAGCUGGGCAAUCUGCAGAGUACAAGGACCUCACGGCGGAUAAGCUGAUAGAAUCCGAUAAGCUCCUCUACGUUCUGGACGGGGAUGUGGCCAUCGCUCGCCACAUGAAACACCCGCAGGGGGAAAUGAUCACGGAAGACAUCCGGCAACUAAAGGAGAGAGUAGGCAACUUGCGCGUGAAACACGACCAGAUCUACAACUUCACCCCACAGGAAAUUGAACCACAGGUCGACUGGUCCACGGUGAUUGAAGAGAAGCAGGAAAUAUUGAACGGCAAGGGCUUUGGGACUGAUUUGCCAUCGGUCAACGGUCAAGUGGAAGAGCAUAACAUCUUCCAUAAUGAGGUGAUGGCUAUCGGACCGCACAUCAGCAAGGAAGGCGACAAGGAAUAUAUGAGUGGGCUCCAGGUGAAAUAUCAGAAAUUGCUGGCGGCAUCCCAACAGAGGCAGCAGGAUCUGAACUCGCUGCAGGAUUACAUGCAGCGCUGCACCAACAAGCUCUACUGGCUAGAUCAGCAGGCGAAAGACAGGAUGCAGUUCGACUGGAGCGACCGUAACCUCGAUUACCCAAGCCGGCGGCGCCAGUACGAGAACUUCAUAAACCGGAAAUUAGAAGAGAAAGAGGCGGCCAUCAACCAACUGCACGAAGAUGGCAAUAAGCUGCUGGCUGAAAAUCAUCCUGGGAAGAUCCCUAUCGAGGCCCACAUUGAAGCAGUCCAUGCUGACUGGAAGGAGUACCUCAACUUGCUCAUCUGUGAGGAGAGCCACCUCAAGUUCAUGGAGGACUAUCACCAGUUCCAAAAGGAUGCUAAGGAUGCACAGGACCUUCUCAGGAAAGUGGACACAGACCUGGACCAGAAAUACAGCCCAGAUUUCAAGGACCGCUAUCAGAUUGAAUCUUUACUGAGGGAGCUGGAGGACCAGGAGAAGGCCUUGGACAAGUACGACGAUGUGGUGAAGUCCCUGCAGAAGCGCAGCCAGCAAGUGCUCCCUCUGAAGUACCGCCGGGAGACCCCCCUGAAGCCCAUCCCAGUGGAAGCUCUUUGUGACUACGAAAGUGAGCAGUGCCAGAUAUCUCGCGGAGCCACAUACACCCUGCACAAGAACAGUGGCGACACGUGGGAGGUCACCGACAGCGCAGGAAAUGCGAUCAGCGCCCCCGGCGUCUGCUUCACAAUCCCCCCUACAGAUCCUGAAUCACUAACUCAUGCUGACAACAUUGCCAGUCUGUAUCAGAGCGUGAAGCAGAAGACCUCCGGCACCAAGAGUCUCCUGCAGCAGCGAUACGACAGUCUGAAGGCAGACAAUAUUGGAGAUGCAACAUCAGCGCAGCGACAGCUGCUGGCAGGGCUGGAGAAAGUGAACAGCGAGCUGGAUAAGCAGGAGAGGGCCAUCACGGCAAACCUGCGGCCUCCGCUAGAGCAAAGCCGGGCAGUGCAAGACAGCGCAGAGAGAUCUAAGGAUCUAAAGAACAUCACCAAUGAGAUCCGGCGCAUCGAGUCUGAGAAAGCACGCAGGAUCCAGGAGUGUGAAGCCUUCGUACAGUCGGUGCCAGACACAGGUAGCACCACCCUGGUGAAGAACAAGGCAGAAGAAACAAGCAACAAGUACAACCAUGUUGUCCAGCUGCUCAGUGCCGCCCAGGAAAAAGUUGAUGUCGCUAACCGCCUUGAGAAGAGCCUCCAGCAAGGGAGAGACCUGCUUGCCGGCAUUGAGAACAAGCUGGCCAUUGAGGACACCAUGCCAGAGGACAUCCCCGCCCUGGAGCGCAUGCGAGAAGAGCUGCUGGCACUGGGUACCGAGCUGCAAGCCCACAGGCCCUUGCUGGGUGAGGCAGAGCAGGACUUGCAAAAAGCCAAGAAGUGCUCCAGCGCCCUCGCCAGCCAGUUUCAAGAGCACUGCCCCGAUAUCGAGCGCCAGGACGCCGAACUCUACAAGCUCAACCAGCGCUUUGGCAACCUCAACAACCAAAUCAAUCACAGAUCUCAUAUGCUACAGAGAGCAAAAUCAGCCUACUCCAACUACCGCAGUGGCUACGACAGCCUCAGCCAGUUCCUCAGUAACGUGUCCAACUACGAGCCUCAAGAAACUGACAACAUCAGUCAAGUGAAAACCAAACUGAAGAACCAGCAGGCCCUGCUGGAAGAAAUUGCCAGCAAGGAGCAGGAUGUCCAGAAAGUUUCUGCUGAGGCUCAACAGUAUCAGCAGGCAGUGAAGGACUAUGAACUAGAAGCAGAGAAGUUGAGAUCCAUCCUUGACCUGGAAAACGGUCGCAAUGGCUUUCUGAUUAAGAGACCUAGAAUCCAGUCUCCAGCUGCUAAAGUGAAAGAAGAGGAAGCUCUCCUGGCUGCCAAGUUCACCGAGGUAAAUGCCGUCAAUAGGCAGAGGCUGCAGAACCUGGAUUUUGCCCAGAAUCUCCUGAGACAACAGCCAGAGGUCCACGUGAUGCAUGAGACUGUUCAGAGCAGCAAGUCCGAGAGUCCGCUUGAAGAAGACUGGAAGUUAAGGAAGGAGCUGGACGACGAGAGCCAGCGCCGACAGCAGUUGGAGGCAGAGAUCAAGGCCAUCCAGGAAAACAUUAUCCUCCUGCAGAAACAGAAGCCGCACGAGACCGUGGUCAAGAAGGAAGUGGUGAAGAAAAUGCCCGACCCGGCGUUGGACGAAAGUUUCCACAAGAUGCAGCAGAACUUGGCAGAGGAGCAGCGAAAGAACCAAGUCCUGCAGGAUGAGCUGGAGGCCCUGAAGCUCAAGCUGCGCACUCUGGAGCACGAGAGGAGGGGAGGUGGACAGGAGUAUGUGGUCAAAGAGGUCCUCCGGAUCGAGCCAGACAGAGCACAGGCACAGGAAAUCCUGAAGCUGAAAGAAGAGCUGGAGGAACUCAAGAGGCAGGAAGGGAACCGGGAGAAUGAGAUGGCUUUCCUGCGCCGCCAGGUGGCCGCUCUUUCCGACGAGAAGACCAAGGAGUGGGAGAAAGUGACCGAAAAGGAAGUGGUGAAGCUGCAGAACGAUCCCCAGCUGGAGACAGAGUAUCAGCAGCUGCAGGAGAACAAGCAAAGGGAGUGUGCACUGAGGCAGCAGCAGGAGGAGGAGCUCCGCUUCUUGCAGGACAAGCUGAAGCGGCUGGAGAAAGAGCGGGCAAUGGCCGAGGGCAAGAUCACAGUCAAGGAGGUGCUGAAAGUGGAGAAGGAUCUAGCGAUGGAAAGGGGAGUGAGCGAGCUGCGGCGGCAGUAUGAAGAAGAGAAAGCCAAAGGCUGCUCCAACGAGAGAGAGAAAACUGCGCUGCUCAGGAAGAUUCAGGCUCUGGAAAAGGAGAAUGCCAAAGUGAUUGUCCAGGAGAAAGUCCGGGAGAUUGUUCGUCCAGACCCUCAGGCUGAAAACGAAGUUGCCAAUCUUCGUCUAGAGCUGGUUGAGCAGGAGAGGAGAUACCGGGGUGGGGAAGAGCAGCUGAAGAGAUGCCAGAAUGAGCUGGCUGAGCUGAAGAACAGAGGCCCCCAGGUGGAAGUGCAAGAGGUUAUCAAGGAAGUCAUCAAGUACAAGACUGACCCAGAGACUGAGAUGGAGCUUCAGCAUCUCAGGGACGAGAUUGUGGACAGGACCAGAGCAAUUGAGAGGGCAGAUCUGGAGAUCUAUCAGCUGAAGCAAGAAAUCCAGAUGCUGAAAGAAGCCAAGCCUCAAGUCCAGACAAAGGAAGUGAUCCAGGAGGUGCUGCAGUACCGAGAGGACCCCCAAACGAGAGAAGAAGUGGAGUCCCUGAGAGCUCAACUGGUGGAACAGCAGAAGAAGCACAUGGACCUGGAAAGAGAGAGGCAGCUGCAGGAGGAGAAGAUCAGACAGAAAGAGGAAGAGCUCUCCCAGGUGAGGGAGAAGGUGGUGCAGCAGGAAGUGGUGAAGCUGGAACAGGACCCUGCCUUGAAAGCUGAGGUCAGCUCUUUCUCACAGAGCAUAGAGAUCGAGCUGCAGCAGAUCGACUCGCUCCGGAAUGAGAUGCGCAAACUGCAGCGGAGGAGGUCAGAGCUGGAGCGCCAGCUGGAGGAGCUGGAGAAAGAAAGGCAGGCUCGCCGGGAGGCGGAGCUGGAGGUGCAAAGGCUGAAGCUCAGGUUGAGCGAGCUGGAGGAGCAAGUGAAAGAGACAACAGAAAGAGUCACUGUGAAGCAGAAGGUGAUCCUGCAGCAAGACCCACAGCAGGAGAAGGAGCAUGCCCUGCUGAAGCUGGAGUUGGAGGAGGAGAAACAUAGGAGGCAAUUCCUGCAGGCCGAGUUGGAAGCCCUGCGGAAGAAACUGCAGGCGCUGGAGAAGAUGGAGGUCAAGGAGAAAGUGGUCUUUUCCGAGAGUGUCCAAGUGGAGAAAGGAGACACCGAAUACGAGAUCCAGAAACUGAAGAAGAACCUGGAGGAGGAAAGCCGGCGGAAGAUGGAGCUAGAUACGGAUAUCAAUAGGCUGGAGGCCAAGUUGUCCGAAGUGGAGUUCAACAACUCUAAGUCUUCCAAGGAGCUGGACUUUUUGAGGGAAGAAAACCACAAGCUGCAUCUAGAAAAGCAGAACCUGUUGCUGGAGAUGAGGAGGUUGCAGUCGGAGAUUGAACUCACCAUGACGGAAGCCCAGGAUUUAAGGAACAUGUCGCAGGUGGGUAGCGGUGUGAAUCUGGACUCCCGGUUCCAGGCAUUGGAGAGAGAGCUGGAAGAUCUGAAGAGAUUAUCUCAAGAGAAAGAUGGCGAGAUCGAACAGCUUCAAAACCGGCUCCAGACAGUAGCCAUCAAGAGAGAGCAGAGAGAGAACCACCUGAGGCGCUCCAUUGUGGUCAUCGAUCCAGACAGUGGGAAAGAGAUGUCUCCAGAAGAAGCCCACAGGUUUGGGCUUAUCGAGUGGAGCCUCUAUGUCAAGCUGAAGAGCCAAGAAUGCGACUGGGAAGAGAUCACAGUGAAAGGGCCCAAUGGCGAAUCUUCAGUGAUCCUCGACAGGAAAUCCGGCAGGAAGUUCUCCAUUGAAGAUGCCUUGAAGAGUGGACGGUUAACCAUGGCUCACUAUGACAGUUACCUCAACAAAGGGAUGUCUAUCCAGGAGCUGGCUGUCUUGGUGUCUGGACAGAAAUAGCUGCCUUGUCCUCAAAGAUGAAAUAACGAUUAAAAAAAAAGAACUAUUCUUAAGCAGCUAGUCUAGAUGUACCACUCAUUACAAACUUGGACUUCCGCUUCCAAUGGGUGUAUACUCCCCACAAUUCAGUGCCUGUUUUCCAACCUUAGGGUGCUUUUAAGCUGCACUUACUUGCUUUUAUCCAAAAUAUGAAAGCCUUGCCAGACUUGAAGCCAAUGCUGCAUUUUGCCAAGGCUGCAAUGUUAAACUUUGUCCUCCACCAGCCGGUGGCAAAUUCCUCUUUGAGUCUGGGAGAAAGAAGAAAGUGGGCAAAACUCCAAUCAACCCCCAGCAUGGCUUUUGAAUGAGCAUUCUCCAGUUUGGCAUCCCAAGCUCAUGCAGUCUCUACCAGUACACUCCAUUUGCGAAGUAGCUAUGAGCACUGAAAGCUUUGCGAAGUCACAUUUGCAUCUCGACUUAACCAUGAACUCACUAGGCAAGCCGCAUUUCCCCUAAGCCCUUAACUGUGGGCUAGCAAACGUAGUGCCCUCCAGAUGUUGUUGAACUCUUGGCUCACAGCCAGCAUGGCCGGUGGCCACGGACGAUGCGAGUGGAAUUCAACAACUAUCGGAAAGCACCACCUUGGCUACCCCUGCCUUAGCCCUCAGAUCUGCAAUAUCUUACAGGGCUGUUGAAAGGAUAGCUGAAUGUAUGUGCAACUAUCUGAGCGCUCUAAAGCACUAUCUUACUGCAUGAACUGGUUUGUACUCCUGGAUGGCAUUUAAAGACAAGGCAAACAUAGCCAACGGAAGAAGAAACUCACAAAUGGACGCCCCAUAACCAGCUGCUGCCAAGGAUGGCAGUCUAAAGGCUAUGAUCAUUGAAAUAAAUUUGUAGAAGCUUCAGCAGAUGACACUUAAGCACUGUACAACUCUCUUCUACAUAGUCCACUGUCGGACACUAGCAUGUAGUCAUAGGGAUUACCAAAGUGUCUUUGAGGCAGUAAAUUGCGUGUGUGUGCACACGAGUGCAUGGGCGUUUCUAAAAUGACUUGCUUAUGUUUCAGGUCAUACCUGUGUAGGGAGCUCCAUUCCUUAAAACGGAAAGCAGAUUAGUAGAAAAUGCUAAGAGGAAACAAAUCCCAGAAGUGCCUUCCUUCCAAUGUUGCAGGUAGCAGACAUUUGUGCUGGUGUUUUGCUUAGUUAUAUUUGGCUGUAUGGAUGCUCAAGUAUUUGUUGUAUAAGGGAAUGGGAAAUUUUAUUUAUAUACCCAAAUAACAAUAAUAAAAGAGAUGCAGUGAUCUUA